AUGACGGAUUCCGUCGUCCUCAAACAGUGCGAUAUUCGCCGCCCUUGCACACUCUGUAUCCGAGCAAAUGUAACCUGUGCCACUCCCGUCAAGCCAACGACGUGGAAAACCCACGAAGCCGGCCGACCAGCGAAGAAGGCUCGUCGUAGGAAUGAUUCAGCAGAAGUCUCGGCGGCUCACGGGCGACCAUCCGAAGCCGUCUCCUCUGCGUCGUCAAUGUUCCUGGACGAGGCUUUCCAGCAGCAUAACACGACCUCACCAGAUGCCGCAGAAGUCUCGGCAUUUUCGGCCCCUCGCUAUGAUCUGGAAGACGGUACAUCUCAAAGCUCAGCAUCGGACACGUCUGGAGGACAGCGCGGAGGUCAGACGCAUGCUACCAAGACUAGCGCUACAAGACAGGGGAUGCUGUCCGCAUUGCCCGCCCGCGACAUCGCUACUAUGCUCGUGAACAACUACUUUGACCGGAUCCACUGGUUCGUGCUUGUGUUCCACCAGAGCGACUUUCGACUCCAAGCUCAGCAACUGUACGAUGAGACCAGAACGGCGUCUCAAUGUCGAAGCAUCCCAACGGCUUUCUUGGGUGUUUACCUCGCCGUCUGUAUUCUUAGCCUGAGCUACCUGGAUCCCAGUCAGACGGCGACGCUGUCACGUCUUGGCGAAGAAACUGUUUCGCUUCAGGAGCGCCUGCUUGGACCGCUACGUGCAGGACUUCUGGACAUCGCGGCUGAGGGCUCGUUAGAGGCGGUCCAAACUUGCGUCCUCCUAGGCAGCUACUAUCUGUACCAUGGACAGCCCCAGCUAGCUUGGCCUGUCUGCGGGUGGGCUCUGCGUAUCGCUCAGGCAUUAAAACUGCAUCGCAGAUCGAGCCAGCAAGCAGUGGCAGUUCCCAACCUGGACGACCCCAAGCAACGCGCAGAGGAAUCGAGGAAGCGAUGCUGGUGGGCUGUAUACGAGAUCGAAACGUUCUGCUCUAUGCUGUAUGGCUACCCGCUGAGUAUCAACGACGACGAUUGCGAUAUCGAGCUGCUCCACCAAUAUCCUGUCAGAUCCGCAGACCCGACGUGGGAUGCACAUGAGCGGCGUAUCACGGGCCAGGCAACCUUACUUUCGUACAAGGUCGCUAUAGUACGACUAUCGAUCAUCGUGCGGACGGCAUUACUAAAGCUAUAUAGCCUGAGUGACCGAAGUCGUCCACAGAAACCAGCUCGCCGCACAAACACCUCGGAUCGCUUGCGCACACUAGUCGAAAGUGUAGCCGUCCUCGACCAGAAGCUAGAUGCAUGGCGCUUGGAGCUUCCUCAGCAGCUACAUUUGGACCAAAUGCCAGUGGGUGCGGUGGCGCCUUGCAGAGACUAUGUUGCUGGCGCCGCCGGGCCAUGUUCAAGAGCAUGCUUCCACUACCUUUUUCCCCUACAGACACUCUCUCUGAAGCUUGCAUUCGAGAACGCAAGGAUCCUUAUUCACAGACCUUUGUUGAAAUAUAGGUUAGCACUGCCAGACUGUCAUCAGGCUAACGCGCCUCCUCCGCCAGAUCGUUCAGACCCGUGCCAAGCCUCCGUCCGAGCAUGCCAGGCUGCUGCAUUACAGAUCUCCGACAUUUGCUCCCUGCCUCUUGUGCACGACGCCGGAGCUACAUAUGCUGUUGCGUUCAUCUGCCUGCAUCUUCUGACGGCUGCCAUUACACUGUCCAUCUUAGCUAGCCUCAAUACGAUGAGCCAAGCAUCCCAUGACUGUAAAAUGGGACUUCGACGGUUGAUGGAGAUGCAGUCCCGACUCACCGGCAAGAGCAUCGUCACUUCACAAGGCCUGACUGUCUCGAAAAGACUGAUGUCGCUUGUGUUGCAGAAGGAGAGGGAUGAGAUGUUGAACAUAUCGCUUCUUCCAGACCCGUCGCGUGUUGAGAUCGAGGCUGGACAGGAGGUUGCCGCAGCGUCUCGUGCGUCUGCUGGGUGCAACGAACACGACGCGCCAGAGAGUGGCUCCUCUUGUGCUUCAGCAUUGAUGCAAAGAGGUCAAGCACAAGCGGUAGAUAUGCUCGUAACGCAGGACCCCCUUGUUACGCCCGAGGAUCCCUAUCUCGGCUUCUACGAAGAUCUCGCGACCACGCAGGCACUCUUUGAUUUUGAGCAGGGCAAGUUAAUAUGA